AUGGAUACGUCGUUGUUGAGUACGGUUGUGCGGGCAAUCAAUCAUUCAUCAAGUGAUGUAAAAUGUGUGGCAGCUCUGGCUGUGCAUCAUAUUUCGGCAAGAAAGCUCACUGUCAAUGAAAUGAAGGGUGCACCACGAGAAGUGCUUGUCGAUGCCUACCAGACACUUCAAAAAGCUUUGAAAGAGACAGAUUUGGGAUUGGAACCGCUGUCGAACAUACCUAAUGUGCCGUGA